AUGGUUUAUGUUCAUGUUCAAACUUAUGGUUAUGCUCAAUAUUUUGGACCUAAACCGCAACUUGUUCAUUGCCCUACUUGUAACCAAAAUACAAAAACUAAACUUAAAUAUGUUACUGGAAAUCGAAAUUGGUUUUGGUGUAUUAUGAUAGCAAUGUUUUGGCUUAUCCCUUGCAUAUAUAUUAUCUUUUUUAUUAUCAUCUCUAUUCGACGUGGUUCUGGUUUAGCGGAAUCUUUUCUUUGUCUGGUUGUUAGUGUUUCUAUUUGCGGUUGUCUUAUGCCUAUUCCAUUUUACUGUGACUGUCUUAUGGAUGCAGAACAUUAUUGUAGUGUUUGUGACACUUAUAUUGGCAAAUAUGUUCAAGACAGUCGAAGGCCUAUAGUUAUACUACCACCAGAAUUAUAUAAAAAUCUGCCAAACAGACAAUGA